AUGCCGCUCGUUAAAAUCCACGUCAUUAGAGGAACCAGGUCUCCCAAUGAGCUGAAAGCACUGGCAGACAUCAUCCAGCAGGUGAUGCGCGAUCAUUUCAAUGCCCCAGAGCGCGACAGAUACCAGAUUAUCACUCAACAUGAAGACUACGAGCUCAUAUGCGAGGAUACCAACUUGGGAUUUAGCCGGAGCAGGAACAUGGUGAUUAUCAAAAUUUUACAGCAGGGCAGGAGCGAUCGGCAAAAGCAGGAAGUUUUCCAAGCGCUCCACGAGAGUCUAUCGGCCAAGUGUGGCCUCUCGGGAGAGGAUUUGAUUAUCAGUUGUGCUCAGAACACUCCUGCGGAUUGGAGCUUUGGAAUGGGUGUCGCCCAGUUUUUGACUGGUCAGCUAUGA